AGAAACCUGCAAAGCAACCUACGACUACCUGAUUGAUUUAGCGUUUGACGCUCAAGGACCCGCGGUCGGCGUCCAACAGAUCUCUGGAUACACUUUGUUCACCUACGAAGAAGAGAAAUAUGAACUUUUCCAUGACCUUGUGGAUGGCUAUCGCAUUCUUCAGCCGUCAGAACUGAAGAAAUUCCCAGCGGCAAAGUCUGGCUAUUUUUACACCUCUGUGCAAGUCAACACUGUGGUUUUUCUGCCUUGGCUGAUGCAAAAAUUCAAAAGUAUGGGAGGCAAAGUGAGGUGUGCAAAAGUUGAUUCACUGAAGGAGUUUUCAGGUCAGUGUGAUGUCAUAGUGAACUGCUGUGGCCUGGGUUCAAAGCAACUGCUCAACGAUCAGCAAAUGGUGCCUGUGAGAGGGCAAGUUCUGAGGGUUUCUGCUCCCUGGGUCAAGCAUUUUUACCUCUUGAAAAAUGCGGAUGGGAACUUACUGUCUUACAUAUUACCGAGCACUAACGAAGUCGUGGUUGGCGGCACAGCGGAGAAGGGAGUCUGGGACACAACCUGUACCGAGGAGGACAGCCAGAAAAUAUGGACGGCUGCCACAGACUUCCUGCCCAUGCUGAAGGAGGCGAAAAUUCUCCGACCUUGGGCUGGACUGAGACCUGGAAGAUCCUCGUUGAGAUUAGAGAAAGAAGAAUUGGAAUUUGAUGGACAGCCCAUGAAGGUGGUCCACAACUACGGCCACGGGGGUGCAGGGGUUACCUUGUUCCACGGCUGUGCCCAGAGAGUCAAGGACAUGGUCAAGGAAUGUCUCAGACCAGAGGCCUCAUCGUCCUCCACUCACAAGGCAGCGGCCAAGUCCAAGCUAUAGCUAUAGCUUCUGGCAGCAACGUCAAUUAUUGAGAUUUUGUACAUGUAACUGAAAAAUGUUUCACAGUAACCUUCCACUUGAGAUUUUAUACAUGUAACUGUAACUGGAAUUGUAUCAGCUUCCCACAGCAACAUCCUACCUGGAAAUGUUUCAGCUUCCCACAGCAACCUUCCAGUUGAGAUUUUGUACACGUAACUGGAAAUGUUUCAGCAUCACACAGCAACCUCCCACUUGAGAUUUUGUAUAUGUAAUUGGGAAUGUUUCAGCUUCCCACAGCAACCUUCCAGUUGAGAUUUUGUACACGUAACUGAAAAUGUUUCAGCAUCACACAGCAACCUCCCACUUGAGAUUUUGUAUAUGUAAUUGGGAAUGUUUCAGCAUCACACAGCAACCUUCCAGUGGAGAUUUUGAACAUGUAAUUGGGAAUGUUUCAGCAUCACACAGCAACCUUCCAGUGGAGAUUUUGUAUAUGUAAUUGGGAAUGUUUCAGGUUCCUGUCUAGGGGAAGGAAGCUUUUAAUAAAUGCUCAAAAUGUGAAUGUUUUAGACCCCUAUCAAGGUGAAAUGAAGCUUUAAAUGCUAAAAAAAUGUGGCAUAAAGGCUUUGACAUUUUCAUGUAAUUGGAAAUGUUAUAGGCUCCCAUGGAGGAGAUUUGAAGCUUUUAAAUGAUCAAAGUGUGAAUGUUUUAGGCCUCCAUUGAGGUGAAAUGAAGAUUUUGAAUGCUCAAAAUAUGGCAUUGUGGCAUUGAAAUUGUGUACAAUGUAAUUGAUAAUGCUUUAGGUUCUCAUCGAGGGGAAAUGCAGCUUUGCAAAGCUUAAAAUGUGAAUGCUUUAGAUCCAAAUCGAGGUGAAAGGAGGCUUUAAAUGCACAAAAUAUGGCAUAAUGGCACUGAAAUGUUGUACAUAUAAUUAUAAUUAAUGCUUCAGGCUCCCAUCAAGGGACAUGAAACUUUUAAAUGCUCAAAAUGUGGCAUAAUGGUAUUGAUGUUUUGUAGCCUACAUGUAGUUGAAAAUGCUAAAGGUCCUCAUUGAGGAGAUUUGAAGCUUUUAAAUGAUCAAAAUGUGAAUGUUUUAGGCCUCCAUUGAGGUGAAAUGAAGAUUUUAAAUGCUCAAAAAGCGACAUUGUGGCAAUGAAAUUGUGUACAAUGCACUUUGUGAAAGCUUCAGGUCCACGUCGCGGGGAAAUGAAGCUUUUAAAUUCUCACAAGAUAGCAUUGUGGCUUUGAAAUUGUGCACAAGUAAGCAUAAAUGCUUUAGGUUCCCUUCGAAGGGAAAUGACGCUUUUCAAUGCUCCAAAUGUGAAUGUUUUAGACCUCUUUUGAGCGGAAAUGACGCAUUAUAAUGCUCAAAAUGUGGCAAAUGCUGACUUCUCGGCCUGACUUGGUCUUGUUGGUCUCAGCAGGAGUCACAAUAAGUUAUCUUCACCCUUAUCGUUUAUACAUAUGUAUUAAAAGAUUUUAAAACCGUUA